UUUUAGUAUACAAAUGAAUACUCAUACAAUUACUUAUCCUAAACCUUUAGUUCGCAUAUUGCAACAUUCAAGAGCAGAUACCUCGAGUGUUUCAUCAAAUCAAUCUUACGAAUCUCAUUUCACAGAUAUCGAAAGACCUUAAAAUCCAAUGAUCAAGAAUUUCAUAGACAAUCAAGAAGAUGAUCUCGAAAGCUUCUUUGAUCAACUAGAAUGAACAAUCUUUUCUUAUGAUUUGUCUUAUUUUGUGUAGUAUAUUAACUGAAUACAUAUUUAAUUACACCAUAAAUGAAUUU